GAUACAAUACAAAUAGCAACCAAACCCUUGCAACGAUAGUAUCCCUCUCUCAUUUUUUUUUGAAAACUCUUCGCAGUCCGCAACUGGGAGAGCGGAGACGCUGCUUCUCUAAAUCUGUACGACUGCGAUCUGCCAUUGCCACUGGGGCAUUUCUCUCAGUCGCAGGUUUAUUGUCCACAAUGGAGUGGAAUCGUGAAACCCUAGAAUUUCUCUCUCAAUGCUUCCUUCACACUCUGUCUCCCAACCCCGAACCCCGUCGCUGUGCCGAGGCCUCCCUUGCUGAAGCCUCUGACCGCCCUAACUACGGCCUUGCCGUCCUUCGCCUCGUUGCCGAACCCUCAGUUGAUGACCAGAUCCGUCAGGCGGCUUCUGUUAACUUCAAGAAUCAUCUUCGUGCCCGCUGGGCUCCAACGCCCCCAUCGGACGCUAUCCCCGCUUUGUCCCCGAUUGCCGACCAGGAGAAGGAACAGAUCAAAACCCUAAUUGUCCCUCUUAUGCUGUCAUCUGGUCCCCGUAUCCAGAGCCAGCUUAGUGAAGCCCUAGCCGUGAUUGGAAAACACGACUUCCCGAAAUCCUGGCCGGCACUGCUUCCUGAGCUGGUCUCCAACCUCCGACCGGCCACUGAUUAUGCCUCCAUCAAUGGCAUCCUUGGUACCGCUAACUCCAUCUUCAAGAAGUUCCGGUACCAAUAUAAGACCAAUGACCUUCUUCUCGAUCUCAAAUACUGCCUUGACGGAUUUUGUGCUCCACUUCUUGAGAUUUUCCUCCGAACGGCUGCUCUAAUCGACUCUACUGCCAGUUCUGGUGGUGCUGCUGUGACUCUCCGACCUCUUUUUGAAUCGCAGCGGUUGUGCUGCAGAAUUUUCUACUCUCUAAAUUUUCAAGAACUUCCUGAGUUCUUCGAAGACCACAUGAACGAGUGGAUGACUGAGUUCCGGAAGUAUCUCACUACCACCUAUCCGGUUCUUGAAGAAGGUGGUGGGGAUGGGCUUGCACUUGUCGAUGAGCUUCGGGCUGCGGUAUGUGAGAACAUUAGCCUUUAUAUGGAAAAGAAUGAGGAGGAGUUUCAAGGAUAUUUAAAGGAUUUUGCAAGUGCGGUCUGGAGCCUCCUUGUAACUGCCUCUGCUUCCUCUAGCCGAGACCGGUUAACGGUUACUGCCACUAAAUUCUUGACUACAGUUAGUACUAGCGUCCACCACACGCUCUUUUCUAGUCCUGAUGUCCUGAAGCAAAUUUGUCAAAGCAUCGUGAUUCCAAAUGUACGACUGAGGGAGGAGGAUGAGGAACUCUUCGAGAUGAACUAUGUUGAAUUCAUCAGGAGAGAUAUUGAGGGCAGUGACCUUGAUACUAGGAGAAGAAUUGCAUGUGAACUUCUCAAAGGAAUAGCAACCAACUAUAAAGACCAGGUAACUGCCAUGGUUUCAACCCAGAUACAAAACAUGUUGGCUAUAUUUGCCACAAAUCCAGCUGCAAAUUGGAAGGAGAAGGACUGUGCUAUUUACUUGGUUGUCUCCCUUGCAACAAAGAAAGCAGGGGGUACAUCAGUUUCGACUGAUCUUGUUGAUGUGGGAAACUUCUUUGCGUCUGUUAUUGUCCCAGAGUUGCAGAGCCAGGAUGUCAAUGGGUUCCCGAUGCUCAAGGCUGGGGCUCUGAAGUUCUUUACAAUGUUCCGGAACCAAAUACCGAAGCCUGUUGCAAUUACAUUAAUGCCUGAAGUGGUCCGGUUCCUUUGUUCUGAAUCAAAUGUGGUUCAUUCUUAUGCUGCAAGUUGCAUUGAGAAGCUUUUGUUGGUGAAAGAUGAGGGAGGACGACCCAGAUUUAAUUCAUCAGAUAUUAACCCAUUUUUGCUGAUGCUGAUGAACAAUCUCUUCAAUGCCUUGAAAUUUCCAGAAUCUGAAGAGAAUCAGUAUGUAAUGAAGUGCAUUAUGCGGGUUCUGGGAGUUGCUGACAUUUCUGGUGAUGUUGCUGGAGCUUGCAUUUCUGGUCUGAUGUCCAUUCUUGCCGAGGUUUGCAGAAACCCUAAGAACCCAAUUUUCAACCAUUAUCUAUUUGAGGCUGUAGCUGCACUAGUCAGACGAGCUUGUGAGAAGGAUCACUCUCUGAUAUCAGCCUUUGAAGCAAGCCUAUUCCCAAUCCUCCAAACUAUCUUGGCAAAUGAUAUAACUGAGUUCUCCCCUUAUGCAUUCCAACUCCUGGCCCAACUUCUUGAACUUAAUAAGACACCCAUCCCACCUACCUAUAUGAGUAUCUUUGAGUUACUACUUACACCUGAAUCCUGGAAGAGAUCUGCAAAUGUCCCAGCCCUUGUCCGUCUGCUUCAGGCUUACCUUCAGAAGGCACCACAUGAGCUGAACCAAGAGGGUAGACUGAGCCAAGUUCUUGGGAUAUUCAACAAACUUGUCUCGGUCUCUAGUACAGAUGAGCUUGGUUUCUAUGUGCUCAACACUGUUACAGAGAAUAUUGGGUAUGAUGUUAUUGCACCAUACAUGGGUCACAUCUGGGCUGCCCUCUUUACACGAUUGCAGAAUAAUCGGACAGUGAAGUUUGUCAAGGCUCUUGUGAUAUUCAUGUCACUCUUUCUGGUGAAGCAUGGGUCUGCAAACCUUGUGAAUUCAAUGAAUGCUGUUCAGCCCAAUGUUAUUAUUGCAAUUCUAGAGCAGUUUUGGAUACCUAAUCUUAAGCAAAUUACAGGAACAAUUGAGUUGAAGUUAACUUCUAUUGCUUCAACAAGACUUCUAUGUGAAUCACCAGUUCUCUUGGAUGCUUCAGCUGCUGCGCUGUGGGGUAAAAUGCUGGACAGCAUUGUAACACUUCUUUCACGACCAGAACAGGAUAGGGUUGAAGAAGAAGUGGAAGUUCCAGAUAUUGGGGAGACUGUGGGUUAUACUGCCACCUUUGCCCAUCUUCUCAAUGCUGGGAAGAAAGAGGAAGAUCCGGUGAAGGAAAUAAAGGAUCCAAAGGAAUUCUUGGUAUCGUCAUUGGAAAGACUUUCUAGUCUCUCCCCAGGGAGGUACCCUGCAAUCAUUAGGGAGUCUCUAGAUCCCAGCAAUAAAGAAGUGUUGCUUCAGCUUUGCGGAAAAUAUAAUUGUGCUAUAGUCUGAGAUCAUAGGUGACAAGUGGAGGUGGAUUUUGUUUCCCAAGUAUGGGUCUGUGGGAUCCGAUGAGUCAUGUAUUUUGUUUUUCAUUUUGUAUUUUCCCUCCCCUCUAUUUUUCUCUUUGUCUAUUGCUUUGUCUGGAGUUCUUCUAUACAUGUACGUGCUAGCUGUUGUGUUAUGAUGAGAUGAGAACCAAGAGGGAAGGGGGUGUAGAAGAGAACUGUCUUUUUCGUGUGAUCCAUCAUCAUUAGUGAAAAGUAUUAAUGUUUUCGAACGGAAAUAUUUUAAAAUUUAAAGGUAAAUGUUAGCAGCUCUUGUUUAAGAGGUUGCUA